AUGUCAGACAUAAAUGAAUUCAAAUGCAUAGAAUGUGAGAAAAAGUUUAAAUUUUUAAAAAACUUAAGAGCUCACAUAAAAACAAAUCAUCCACUUUUAAAGUUGGAUGAAAUAGCACCAACAAAAAAACAGAAAAAUAUUAAUUUGUAUAUAUUUACAUGUGACCAGUGUACAAAGUCACAUUGUGAUCAAAAAAAUCUAAUUGAACAUAAAAAAGUUGCUCCAACAAUUGAAAUUAUAGUCCAAUGUGCCAUGUGUUUAUUUACUGCCACAUACAAAAAUAUAAAUAUACAUUACGAAAAAGAUCAUAAUAUUAUACAAAGUGUAGAUAGUUUUGAAUUUGAAAGCAUUGAUGGUUUUAACAAUUGGAAACAUGAAAUUGAACUAUCCACACAGACAUUGCAUGUCAAAAAAUUUGAUCAAAAUCCAUGUUAA